UCCCAAAGGAUAAAUGAUACCUGACCUAUAUUGACAACACAAAGACACUAAGGGUGUGUUUGCGUGCUUUUAAACCUCCUCCGUAAUGCUGAAAUAAGUUAGUGUAUGUAUGAAUGAAGGUAUAGAGAGAAGGGCUAUAGGGGAAACGAGGAGGAGCCAUUUCAAGAAGAAAGGAACUGCUGGGUGAUACAUAUAUAGAAAGAGCUGACAUCCUUUACAGUUUUAGUCAGUCACGUCCUCUGCCUUUGCUUUUGGAGACCGUCAUCACUUAACAGCAUCAUCAUGAGAGUUUGCCUAACGGACCAGACGUCGUGCGGCUGCUGCCUGAUGCAGCAGCAGAUUCACAGGAUGAAGACUUUCUUCAACACGAGCCUCAACGAGCUGGAGAAGGAGUUGCUGAAAACGAAGAACGUCCUCAACAGCGUGAGAGAUCCGAGGAGCACGACCUCACCGCAUCUCAAUCUCUCUCACCCUGAACCCGCAGCCAGCCGCAGCGCCUUCUCCGUGGCCCUGACCAACGAGAACAGCUUGACCUGCCUGGGGCCCUACCGCGGCGAAGAGAGACUGAUCGUCUACAAACACGUCUUCAUCAACCUGGGAGGCGGUUACAGCGUGGACACCGGGGUCUUUACCGUUCCCCGCUCCGGCGUGUACAGCCUCGCCCUCACCGUCUACAGCGACGCCGGCUCUCCGGGCAACACCCUGGCCGCCUGCGCCACCCUGCUGGUCAACGGGCAGGUGGUGGCAGGACCCAGUGAGACAAACAUGCAAGACCAAGAGGACAGUGCGACUAUUGUCAUAGCUCUUCACCUUAAGGCCGGGGACAAGGUGGCGGUCAACCUGCCCAUUGGAUCAAUUGUGCUGCUGUGUCUGCUACAUGCGGUGUUUGGUCAGAAUAUGGACUUUUCCUGGAACGGACCUCUCCGGACAACACCAAGAGUUGAACCCGAUCCAGAGCCUGCCUCCCGCAGCGCCUUCUCUGUGGCUCUGAACAAUGACACAAACUAUGGCUGCUUUCAAGACCUCGCUAGCGACGGGGUCGUCAUCUACAAACACGUCUUUCUGAACCUGGGAGACGGCUACAACACGCAGACCGGGAUCUUCACCGCUCCUCGCUCCGGUGUUUACAGCCUGGCUGCCACGGUCCACACUUCUGUCAGGUCCAACGUCAGCCAGGUCACCAGCGCCAGCCUCCUUGUCAACGGGAAACCGGUGGCCGUUCUCUUUGAAAGAAACGGCAUGGACGCUGAGGACAGCAACACCGUGGUUGCAGCCGUGCAACUGAAAGCUGGGGACAAAGUCGCCGUCAGCCUGCUCAGGGGAAGCAUCAUCUGCGACGACUUCAAGCACUAUAACACUUUCACUGGCUACCUGCUAUUUGCUACUGAUGAAUAGUUAGGAGAAUGUAGCUGGUAAUGUCACGCUCAUACAUGGAAGAUCUAAGUGAGCUAACGAGAUAUUUUUCUGUUGAUUGGAGUUGUAGCCCCUCACCAACUGUCCCUGCUAUUGCAAUAUUUCCCUUCAUUGUUUUGCUAAUCUGAAAAAACCCUCUUCUGUUCGCCUUAAUGUUCUGUUCCAUGAGCUCUUCUUAUUUGGUUUUGAGGAAUGCUUCAUAAUCAUCUGAUCGGAUCAUUAAAAUGUAUACUCGAUUAAACAUUUGUACUGUAGUCACUGAUUUUUGCGAACUGAAACAAUGUUGUGUCUUGUAUGUGAAACCUCUCAAACUUUCCUCACAAAAUAAACCAAACCUUUCAAACAA